AUGCCAGGAAUUUUGCGGAGAACCCGUGUAAACCUGGAAAUUACCCUGCGACCGCCUGGGGAAACUCGCGAGUUUCCAGAAUGGAGCACCAAACACCCUCUGUUUUCCCUGGAAAUUUCCGGAAACGCAAAGUGCUGGGGACCCUCUGUUUUCCUUUCUGUUUGCCGGAAAAGCUUGUUCAGGCCAAGCCUUGGCCAUCGUAGCGGCAGUGGCCGCGCGCCUCUUGGCCAACGCCUCCGCCAGCGCCGUCUCGUGGUCUCGUCCCCCUCAACGGCCGAGCGCUUGGCCUGUACGAGGUUUUCCGGCAAACAAAAAGGAAAACAGAACCCCGUCUCCGCGGAGGACGCUCGAGGCCCAGGCCUCGAGUGUCAGGAUUGCUUUGAGAACUUUUACAAGGAGUACGACGUGGAGCCUUGGCUCUGGCGCCGGGCGAUGCGUGAGGGCUGGUCGGAGCUGGGGGGCUGGUCGCGAGAGGAGAUGGAGGCGGCGGAGGAGGAGAUGCGGCGCGGCGAGGGUUCUGAUGCCUAUGGGCUUCAGAUCUCUCAGCUAGGCGAGUGGGUCUGCGAUGCUUGCUUGGAGGGCUAUUUGGGGGGGGGCGUUGGCGACUACUCGGAGCUGCGCAGCGGCUACCGUAUCCGAGUAACCCCUGGAUAG